AUGGGGAACCGUGUCGCUCGUGAGGAUUACGAAUGGGUUUAUACAGAUCAGCCACAUGCAGACAGGAGGAAAGACAUUUUGGGUGAGGAUUUUCCUUUCUCCUCCCAGACCGCAAUAGAAGCUAACAUUAGCUUGUCAGUUCGUAUUUUUCUAACAACUUCACCUACUAUCAAACUUGCCACCAACCAAAGGUUGUUAGCUUGCUAGUUAAGCAAACUGGUCAUUCAUUAUUUAGCUUGUUAGCUAUAAAUGUUAUUCUUGUCUUUCAUCAGAGCUGGCUGCUAGUUAGUUAAAGUUGGCUAGUUAACUAACUGGAAUCCCCCUUCAGGGAUGCUAUGUAGCUAGCAGUUGCUCACUGCAGCCACAGAUGAAUAGAUAAUUAGCUAGCUAAUGAUAAUAGAUAACUAACUAAAUAAUAUAUAAAUAUAAUAAUAUAUGCCAUUUAACAGACACCUUUAUCCAAAGCCACUUAGUCAUGCGUGCAUACAUUUUAUGUAUGGUGGCUGGCUAGUUACCUUGUGUUGUGAGCCAGGCAGGGAGAGGGGUGUUGGCUAGUAACUGAUCUAAUUUCAACCAUUGCUGUUGCUACCUACAAUAUUCGUCAUCUAGCUAGCUAGACAGGCCAAUUAUUAUGUAAAACGAUUAUGCAGGAACCCCUCUUUAUACUUCUAUUGGUCAAUUUUUAAGGUAGGACUCCAGUACAUACAGUACCAGUCAAAAGUUUGGACACCUACUCAUUCCAGGGUUUUUCUUUAUUUUUACUAUUUUCUACAUUGUAGAAUAAUAGUGAAGACAUCAAAACUAUGAAAUAACACAAAUGGAAUCAUGUAGUAACCCAAAAAGUGUAAAACAUAUCAAAAUAUUUUUUUUAUUUGAGAUUCUUCAAAGUAGCCACCCUUUACCUUGAUGACAGCUUUGCACACUCUUGGCAUUCUCUCAACCAGCUUCACCUGGAAUGUUAAUGGAACAAUUUCAAAGAUUUGACUGAGUUGCAGUUCAUAUGAGGAAAUCAGUCAAUUGAAAUAAAUUCAAUAGGCCCUAAUCCAUGGAUUUCACAUGACUGGGAAUACAGAUUUGCAUCUGUCGGUCACAGAUACCUUUAAAAAAAUGGGCCUCACAAUGGGCCUCAGGAUCAUUUUAUGGUAUUUCUUUUCAUUCAAAUUGCCAUCGAUAAAAUGCAAUUGUGUUCGUUGUCUGUAGCUUAUGCCUGCCCAUACAAUAACCCCACCGCCACCAUGGGGCACUCUGUUCACAACAUUGACAUCAGCAAACCAUAGACGUGGUCUGCGGUUGAGAGGCCGGUUGGACGUACUGCCAAAUUCUCUAAACCGAAGUUGGAGGCUUAUGGUAGAGAAAUUAACAUUAAAUUCUCUGGCAACAGCUCUGGUGGACAUUCCAGCAGUCAGCAUGCCAAUUGCACGCUCUCCUCAAACUGGAGACAUCUGUGGCAUUGUGUUGUGUGACAAAACUGCACAUUUUAGAGUGGCCUUUAUUGUCCCCAGCACAAGGUGCACCUGCACAAUGAUCAGCUUCCUGAUAUGGCACACCUGUCGGGUGGAUGGAUUAUCUUGGCAAAGGAGAAAUGCUCACUAACAGGGAUAACAAAUCUGUGCACAAUUUGAGAGAAAUAAGCUUUUUGUGUGUAAGACACAUUUCUGGGAUCUUUUAUUUUAGCUCAUGAAAGAUGGGACCAACACUUUACAUGUUGCGUUUCUAUUUUUGUUCAGUGUAAUAAUAAAUUGUGAACAUAUUUCAGUUUAUUGUUAACACAAAUGUUGCUAUACAGGUAACGAAACAAAUGUGUGUGUCAGGUUGACAUUGAAGUUGAUAUCCAAGUAAAGGGGGAUGUAUAUUGAUGUGACGUACUGAUAUGACGUCACCAUGACAGAAUGCUGGGUUCUUGUUAUACCGACAGUCAUGGAGUAAAGCCAUUAAAAUUGACCUCUGAGUCCGUUUGAUUCAAUUCAGUAUAAUAUCCUAAUUUAGCACAAGUUGUAAGUCUAGGAUGGAACACCAUGCAAUUUCCCCACCCUGUGAACUUAUUUCAGCUGCAGCCUAAUAAACUGGCUUAGUGGAAGGACCACACAACAUAUCGCGUGACUCCCACGUUUACAUCAAUAUAAUGGUUAUUAUAUAUAUAUAUAUAUAUAUUUGCGCAUAAGUAUUUCCACCACCAUUUCUCGCAUAAUUAAUUUUACAGACACAAAAAGAUUUUGUGAUGUCGACAUUUGGAAAGUUUACCGACAAAUUUGCUGUUUCCAUCAGGCCUGUCGUGACAUUUUUCUGUCCGACGUAUUGACUCUCAUAAAAAGGUUGGAAGGAAACCUGGCUAGUGACAAAGGACUCUCAUCCUGUCUGGCUAGUGACAAAGGAAUCUCAUCCUGUCUGAAUAAUGUGUAAGCUAUGGGAGUACAGCAGCAACAGGAGGCACAGAGGGACACUGCUAGUUACUACUGUAGAGACUGCUGGCUAGUAUUGCAGUCUGGUGGUGGCUUUUAGGGUUUAUCAGUGUUGUUGUCCCCUAUACUAACUGCAAUCAUCAUGGCCUCUCCUUCUCAGUAGGCAAUCCAACAAUACAAACCUAAGCUCUCUUGAAAUAUGAAUAAAAGCACAGUUUGAUUUCCUAGAAGUGAAAAUGAAACUCUGUUUCCCGGCACUGGCAGAAAUAGCCUUAAGGUAAAUAUUUUGCAAAGGUGGCUCUGUUUUGUCUUGGAGACUUAUCAGAUUUCUCACAUCUCUCUCCGCAGAGAAAUUGUAAAAUCCCAGAUAUGGUCAGGUGAACAGGUUAAGCCGACUUUAUAAUAAUUACUCCAGACAUCACUCCAAAAUCUAACUAUUGAUUUGAUCACUCCACAAAGUGAUAAGUAGUGCAAUUAGAUAGGAGUGCUGGACUAUUGUCAGCUAGCCAGCCCACCUCCUUUUGCUAGCCAGCCCACCUCCUUCAGCUAGCCAGCCCACCUCCUUCCACCUGAUUUCUUUCGUCCUUAUAUUUCAGUAGCACUGAUGAAACUAACCAAAGUGUGUUACGCUGUGAUAGGACAGAAAGCAAACAAUGUAACUUCAAUUGUUGAGUAUGAUUUGGUUAUAACAUUGCCUUGAUAAACACCAUCCACCCCAAUGGUUAGAAAGGUGAAAGGUCAUUAGUCAAGAAGCAGUCAGUGAGUAGUAGGCUAAACAGUCUGUCUAUCCACACAUCCAUUAUAAGUAACACAGUAAACUCAAGGUCAGCAUGGCCUGGCUUUCACUUUCUAGCUCAUAGCCUAGUUUUAAUAAAUCCCUGUGAUUUAAUAUAGGCUUACACACACACACACACACACACACACAAAAUAAUCAAAACUUCUGUCCACUGCAGCUGCUACCAACACUUAAACAAACAUUUAAAAUAGGCUACUACAUUUUACAAUUUUACAUUUACGUCAUUUAGCAGACGCUCUUAUCCAGAGCGACUUACUACAAGCUGGUAAUGUUGUAUAGGACCCAGCAAUUGUGGGUGUUUCAGGCUAUAUCACUAUGUGCAUUGUUACAAUGACUGUUCUACCUACCUGAUAAAGGUUUUCCUAUUCCUUUGUACACAAAACCCACGUUUGUGUGUCCCCAAAACAUUUCUAACUGGUUUGGAGGAGCGGGUGGAUGGUAAAUUGUACAUUUCACCCAUUCUCCAUCAGCUGAGACAUCAAGGUGAUAAUAAGGAUGUCAGUUUCUUUUUGGUGUUGCUUAACUUAACCCACAUGGGUGAAAUUCCAGUUGUUAUGUGGUAUAAGCUGAUAGGCCUGCAUCUAAAACCCUCCACCCUCUGUAACCACCCAGGUCCCAGUCUUGACCUUCUGUAUGGUUUGUUCUCAUUAGUAUGACAUGUUUUUCGGUCCUAUGUCAUUUGAAGGCCAGUUAGCUCGCUUAAUGUAGUUGGCAAUGAUUACGCUAGGCCUACAGUGACUUACAAGACUUUGAUACUAGCAGAGAGACAUUUUAUAAUUUUGAUACUGUGUGAUAACUUUAAUAAUGCUGUAGGCCAAACCCUCUGUGCUUUGAUUUUGUCACUCAUUGGCUGGGCCCUAGUGGACCUAGGCCUAAUCUGAAUCCACCCUUUGUGCACAUUAGGUUACUUUUUAGUCAGGAGUGAUUUAAGAUAAGUUCUCAAGGUGACACACAUCGUCACAAAAUGUAAGUUGUGACUCGCAGACUGCUUUAUUUGCAAAUGGAGGGUGGAUUUGGUAAGCUUAUUUGCAUUGCCCAUAUUCUUUGAAAGUACAUUAAUCAUUGUGGUCUCACAUCCUGCUGUGGCUGCCAGUCAAAUAAGAUACCAGUAUAAUUAGUGCUGUUUUGAAUGGCAAUUGCCAGACUGUUCCUGCAGGCACCUUUCUAUCAAUGGUGUUUGUGGUUGACAGUUUGGGACCUCUGGGCCUGUCCUGACUGAUCUUUUUAAGGGGCCAUUUGACAGAAGUAGCAACGAUGCGAAACUUGAGGGCUUGCAAAUGGUUACAAAGGUUACAAAUUGUAGGAAAUGUCCGAUAGUCUUUAUAUUAUGAUUGUAACAAUUAAAGUUCUGAAUUGGAAUGACAUGACGAAAGGAGUUGUAUCAAUGUUAUUUUUUUAUUAGUACUUUGUCAAAUAAGUAGGCUAAAUUUGAAAAUGAACCAAAAUCGUAUUCUUUCUCUUCUCUAACAGCAAAGUACCCAGAAAUAAAGACCCUAAUGGGGCCUGAUCCCAGGCUGAAGUGGAUUGUUUGCAUGAUGGUACUCAUCCAGUUUUUAGCAUUCUACCUGGUCAAAGACCUAGACUGGAAAUGGGUGCUGUUCUGGACGUAUGCCUUUGGCAGCUGUAUCAACCACUCCAUGACCCUGGCCAUCCACGAGAUCUCCCACAACACAGCGUUUGGCAACAGCAGGGCCAUGUGGAACCGCUGGUUCGCCAUGUUUGCCAACCUGCCCAUCGGGCUGCCGUAUUCUGCCUCCUUUAAGCGCUACCACCUGGACCACCACCGCUACCUGGGAGGAGAUGGCGUGGACGUGGACAUCCCCACUGAAUUUGAGGGCUGGUUCUUCUGCACACGCUUCCGUAAGUUUGUCUGGAUCAUCCUUCAGCCUCUGUUCUACGCCAUCCGCCCUCUCUGCAUCAACCCCAAGCCCAUCACCAGGCUGGAGGUGGCCAACGUGGCUGUGCAGCUGUCCUUCAAUGUGGCCCUCUACUGGCUGUGUGGAGCCAAGCCUGUGGUCUACAUGAUGGCAGGCUCCUUGCUGGGAAUGGGCCUGCACCCCAUCUCUGGACACUUCAUCGCUGAGCACUACAUGUUCCUCAAGGGCCAUGAGACCUACUCCUACUACGGCUCCCUCAACCUGCUCACCUUCAACGUGGGCUACCACAACGAGCACCACGACUUCCCCAGCAUCCCAGGACGUAGGCUACCUCUGGUACAGUAUGGGUGUUGAAAAAAUUGUUAUCAUGUACAUGUUAUCAUCAGACCAGUUUUAGCAUUCUAACUGUUGUCAUCAAAUAAAAAAUAGGCAAUUGGAAUUUGGGGGCAGGGGCAGCUGUUUUAAUUGUCUGAGUGACGGUUCCAUAGCUCUUUUACUGUAAUGAAGUGCUAGUAAUGAACUUUUAUUUGCAUACAACUUACAUUUGCAGCCAGAAGUGCUUGUCGUGAUGAAACAGGAUAAGUCAUAUAAAAAACAAGGGUAAUAAAAAUAUAAGAACAUCCUGUAAAACAACCAUAUUCCUCCAAAUAUGUUUAGGCAGACUGUUCCAAUGUCUAGGCUCAGCAGAAAAGCAUUUGACUUCACCAGACCCAGGGAGACUUUAACCUCUAGCUCUAUUUCGUUGCACAUUCUGUGUUUGGAGAUGUAAAUGAUUUAAAGGAUUACCAUUGUGAAAGAAUGUUUGUAGGGAAAAGUGUUGCAUUGAGUAUUCUUAUCUGAUUCAGGAUCGCUGCAAUUUUGCUUUGUUUGAGUGCCCCUGGAACUUAAGAGAAACACUUGAAGAUGCAAUAUGUAUAAAUCAAUCCACCAUUUCCUUGUUGCAAAAAUUCUAAUAGUUUGCCUAAUUUUAGGUUGUGACAAAACAAGCAGUCAUUGUGUAGAGCAUCACUGUACCAUGUAAACCACUGUGAAAUAUAUUUUCCAUAACCUAAAAUAUUGUAUUUUUAGCUGUUUGAAGCUGGUGUACAAAACUGAAAGUAAAAGAUGCAAAAACUAAACUUCAGAACGGGAAGCAUAGAAAUAGCGCACAUAUAACAGAUCUACCGCUUCUUAGACUUGCUUUCAUUGAGUGACAGAUUUAUAACUCAAUUUAUAUGCGGAUUUGAUCGAGUUGCCCCAAAAAGUUACAUAUUGCAGCUUUAUGCUGAAGACACUUGUAGCAAACAGUGUUUAUUUGAUUUCUCCCUUCACCUAGGUGAAGAAAAUCGCAUCGGAGUACUACGAUGACCUGCCCCACUACACAUCGUGGGUGAAGGUCCUGUAUGACUUCAUUAUGGACGACCAGCUCAGCCCCUACUCUCGUGUGAAGAGGAGGCUAAAGGGAGAUGUCAAGCAGGAGUAA